UAGUCGAAGCUUGUGUCAGUGCGGAGUCACACGCGGUGCAUGCGCUUGCCUGGCAUUACUGGGUACCGACGCUCAUGAGUGGGAGCUUUUACACAAAUUGAUGAUUACCCCCCGUAUGCUUAUCGCAUGGAUUGAGAGCCACGAUCCUGAUGUGAAAGAGGGGACGAUCCAGAACAGAGUCGCCUUUUCCAAUCCGAACACGCAUACAACUCCUGACAUUAUCCAUUUCAAGUGUCACCGAAAAACUGUAAGAAGACUUGAGCCAUGCCCUGCGUUCAGGCUCAGUAUGGAUCAUCACCUCAAGGAGCCAGUCCUGCCUCCCAGAGCUAUAGCUGCCACACCGCCGGAGAAUACAGCUGCGACUUCCUAACCCCCGAGUUUGUUAAGUUUAGCAUGGACUUGACCAACACUGAGAUCACAGCCACCACUUCUCUCCCGAGUUUCAGCACUUUCAUGGACAACUACAAUACCGGUUACGACGUGAAACCGCCCUGUCUGUAUCAGAUGCCCCACUCUGGAGACCAGUCCUCCAUCAAAGUGGAGGACGUCCAGAUGCACAGCUACCAUCAGCAGAGCCACCUGCCACCUCAGUCAGAAGAAAUGAUGGCUCACUCUGGGCCUAUGUACUUCAAAACAUCCUCGCCUCAUGCUCCAAGUACGCCAAACUUCCAAGUUCAGCCUAAUCACAUGUGGGAGGAUCCUGGCUCCCUGCACAGUUUCCACCAGAACUAUGUUGCGGCCACGUCUCACAUGAUGGACCAGCGCAAGAAUCCGGUGUCGAGGCUGUCGCUCUUCUCCUUCAAGCAGUCGCCGCCCGGCACUCCAGUCUCCAGCUGUCAGAUGCGCUUUGACGGGCCGCUGCACGUCUCCAUGAACCAUGACAACCCGGGCGCGCACCGCGGCCUGGACGGUCAGAGCUUUGCUGUGCCCAGCGCCAUCAGGAAACAGGCGGGUCUGUCCUUCCCUCACUCCCUGCAGCUCGGACACGGGCACCAGCUGGUGGACAGCCAAGUGCCAUCGCCCCCGUCCCGAGGAUCUCCGUCAAACGAGGGUCUGUGUGCGGUGUGUGGGGACAACGCAGCCUGCCAGCAUUAUGGAGUGAGAACCUGCGAAGGCUGCAAAGGAUUUUUCAAGCGCACCGUCCAGAAAAAUGCAAAAUACGUGUGUUUAGCAAAUAAAAACUGUCCUGUUGACAAACGCCGAAGAAAUCGUUGCCAGUUCUGCCGUUUCCAGAAGUGCCUUGUCGUCGGAAUGGUGAGAGAAGUUGUCCGAACGGAUAGCCUCAAAGGUCGGAGAGGACGUUUACCAUCCAAACCCAAAAGUCCACAGGAGUCGUCCCCACCCUCGCCGCCAGUGAGCCUCAUAAGCGCACUUGUCAGGGCCCAUGUGGACUCGAACCCCUCCAUGUCUGCGUUGGAUUACUCCAGAUUUCAGGCUAACCCUGACUACCAAAUGACUGGAGACAACACUCAGCACAUCCAGCAGUUCUAUGAUCUCCUGACGGGCUCCAUGGAGAUCAUCCGGGGCUGGGCGGAGAAGAUCCCUGGCUUCUCUGAUUUACCGAAGCAAGAUCAAGAUCUCCUCUUCGAAUCCGCCUUCCUCGAACUGUUCGUGCUGCGGCUGGCGUACAGGUCCAACCCAGUGGAAGGCAAGCUUAUUUUUUGUAAUGGAGUUGUGUUGCACCGGCUACAGUGCGUCCGUGGAUUUGGGGAGUGGGUGGAUUCGAUCGUGGAGUUUUCCUCGAACUUGCAGAGCAUGAACAUUGACAUCUCAGCCUUCUCCUGCAUCGCAGCGCUGGCCAUGGUAACAGAACGACACGGGCUCAAGGAACCCAAGCGAGUGGAGGAUCUUCAAAACAAGAUAGUUAACUGCCUCAAAGAUCAAGUGACAUUCAGUGGCGGUGGAUUGAAUCGUCCCAACUACUUGUCAAAACUUUUGGGAAAGCUCCCUGAACUGCGCACACUAUGUACCCAAGGUCUGCAGCGUAUCUUUUACCUAAAACUAGAAGACCUAGUCCCUCCGCCGGCAAUAAUUGACAAACUUUUCCUCGACACCCUACCUUUCUGAGUCUGACUCCACAGCGAGACCUCAAAGAACUUCCACAACAGACUGUUCGAGUCAGACUUGACUCGAUUUUUCACGCUAUUAUUUCGGCAUAUUUGCAAGCUCCGUAGGCUAAACAGAACAGAGUACACUAUUAUGUUUCAUAGGGGGGACACAAAAAAAGAUUAAAAAAAACAGGAGGAAGAGACAGUGUGUGGUUGCGGUGUUGGCCUUUUUCUUCUCUGAUUUUUCUUUGGGGUUUUGUUUUUCCCCGAGUGCCAAACCAGUGAAUCAACACGGCGAAUAUUUUCUCUCUCUCCAGAGAACAAACGGUCAACAAAGUAAAUCCGGUUUUGCACUCACUCUGCUGAUCCAUCAGCGCCUCCACUCUAAUCAGUUGUAAUAUAUUCCAUUUAUAUAAAUAUAUAUGUACACACAUGUAUAUGACCAUACACACACACGCGCGCACUCACACAUACGCACACACACACACACAUACUGUAUAUUAUGAUAGAUUAUGUGAUGCCGCCAGUGCAUCGGUUUAUAAACAGUGUACAAAGUUUGUUACAAUGGAAACAUUUCAUUUUCUUUUUUCUGACUCGUGCCUACGUGUUUCUGACAGGAUUCCCCAAAAAGUAUCCAGAAAAGACAACGCAUGUUCUAUACUUUUUACUUUCCUCUCCUCUUUUUUCCCCCCUCUUCUUUCUUUCUUUUAUAGGCACUUGCUGAGGUGAUGUCUAUACAUAAUAUAUACCGGACACUAUGUAGUCUGCUAGAUUUGAUACAGAUUCGUAGUUAUGGCACUCCUUUUAUGUAUUUACGCAUAUGUGGGGGACAAAAAAAAAAAUCUCAUCUGUAUAGAAAAUGAGGGACCCAUGGUGUUUGUAAAACUGUCAGACAUUCCUUGUUUGUAUGUGCUGUAAGUAUUGUUGCUGUUGAAUAUAAACGUUUCUAUAUAUUUAUUAUUUCUAUAUUGCCGAGAGCUACACUAGCAUGGUGCAAUUUAAACGACUUCAAAACCACCCGAGUUCAUGCUGAGCACGUUGUCUAUAUGUUUUAUGUCUUAUAAACGUCUAUAGGUAGCUAUGAUUUAACACGGUUCUGGAAAAAUGAAGACGCUCCAUCUUAUACUGAGAGGUUCGUGUGUGUGUGUGUGCGUGUGUGCGCGUGUGAUGUAUAGGCCCACAUCUUUGCCAUCAUGAUGUACCUACUUACAACUUCUGUAACGCAUUUGGUGCCGAAUUCAAAAACUUUAGAGAGAAAGAAAUAUUUAAUGUUUACAAAUAAAACUUUAAAAUCAAUCCUCUGCUAAAUAGUUUCUCUGAAAUUAAUUUGUUUCACCCCCCACUUAAAUUUAGAAGCAUAUCUGAUUGAAAUAAGCUGUACGAGGACGAGAGAAAAUAUCAUUUUUUCGAGAUAUAUUUCCCCAGUUGCCUGUGUUCAGGCCUUUUUUGUGCAAAAAAACUAAUUUAAAACAAUUUUUUCUUUACCUUAACAAUUAUUUUGAUUGUUACAGGAGCCGAGGUGUAUUUAAUUUAAAUACCUGAAGCAAGUUAUGGACGUUUAAGAGUGGAAUGUGUCAGGCCUGCUAAUGUAUUUAUUGUUUUUUCCUUCUUAAACAAAACAAAACGCUUUUUAAAUGCAAUUCAUUUAUGAUGAGACAAUGUCAAUCGUUUUAAUCCUGGAUUAAUAUUUCACUCGUCAAAAUGACAGUUUUAAAAACACUACAGCUGCGCGUCUAUAUUUAUAACAUUUCAACAGAGUAAAAAGAGCUAUUUCUAUUAGACCAUCCCCCUUUUUCAUUCUAACUUCUACUUGUAUUUUGGUUACAACGGAUUAAGUAUAUGAAUCUUCUCAUUUCAUUUGCAUCCAAUAGAUUUAUCUUUUUCCUCUUUUUUGGAAAACCUAAAUGGAAAACAUCGGAUUUUAUUAUUCAACAUUUUUUUAUAUGUAUGCGAGCUUAUUAUGGAACAACUUCAAACGGCUUAAUUUCUCCUGCGAGUUACUAAAAACUCACCCGAUGACGCAGAACUAAACUAUGUAAAUUAAAUCACCUGAAUUCUGCCAUAACAUAAAAAACCCCGUGCAGUUAGUUUAGUAUUAAAUGGUGUACAACCUGUUUGAGCGCGUGCAGGUACAGCGCCGCUUUACAUUGUUCACCUGUCUGUGUUGAGAUUUCUCUAUUCUGCGGGCGCCGAGGUUUCACUGAAAGACACAGAAAUCUAGUUUGUUUUAUUGCACUUUAAUGGAAAACUACUUUUUUUUUUUUUUUUCAAACAAACCCCCGGGGAGUAUUUUGCUUUCCUGCAGCACGCAGGUUAGAGUCAGGACACAAGUCCGACAGUGUGAACUUUAUUCCAUUCCUUUAUUGUCCUCACACGACUGUGAUUCAGUCAUCUUGGAAACCCGCGACGUACAGUGCGUAAUUGAAUAAAUUAAAGUCAUUAAGUAUAAUGUAUAGAAAGAGGCGGUGACUGUGCCGCUGUCACAAAGCCUUCUCCCUUUUGUCUGUCAGAGGGGAGAAGUGAGGCCAGGCUGCGGGGCAUGUCUGGGUCUUAUCCUCACUGAUUCCACACUUAUCACAUGAUCGAGAUGAGGGGAGCAGCUUAUUUUUGCGAGAUAUUAGCGGCAGGCAAUAAAUUGUCUAAAUAAUUAGAUCGUCACGGUAAAGCGCUAAUUCCAAGGCAAAUUGGGAUUAGGCUCAGAACCAGUUUGCUGACAUUUAGCAGAUCUGCUGAAAGGGAGCAUUACAAUGUCACAAGUUCCCUUCUAUUGACUCAAAGUACAGUUAGGUUUUAAACAUGUCUAUAUCUCCACACACAAUAAAACAUGACACGUGUA